AUGGCAGGACUAACAAGGGCCACCCCUAUCCGGGCCUCUUGCAACCCUCCAGAGGACAGAAUGGCAAACAUUGUGCCUGGGAGUGUUGAACAUAGUGAUGCGAUAGCAGAGAAUCCCACCAAGGGAACGGGACAAGGUGUUUCUAUACUCGUGGGAAACCGAAAAAGAAGCAGCAAGAAGGACGACCCAAUUGGCAUGCAGAGUCAAACUGUUGCAAUUGAAGCAGUUGUGAUAGCAGCCUUCCGAAGUAGAUUCAUAUGCGUGCUGAGUCCGCCUUCAACCGCCAAUCCAAUCAGACCCAGAUAUCCCAGUGAUUGGACUGACUCUUGCAUGCCAUGCAUUAAUCAUGCUGUUCCAUUGAUGGGAAGGCCUCAUAUGACAUCUAUGAAGGGUCCCCCAAUGAUUUCUUAG